AUGAAGUGUUUUGAUUCGUAUGAUAAGUCUAAUUUUAAGACUGAUCCACAACACGCUAUUAAUUUUUUUAAAAAAUUAGGAAGAUUUUGGACGAUUUGGCCAGUAAGUGCAAACGCUAGCCGUUUCACAAAAGUUUAUCACGAAUGUUCGUUGUGGUUCAUAAUCAUCAAUUUAUUCUUUGCGUCUUUAACGUUAUGGAUGUCAGUAUGCGUUUAUCACAAGUAUCCCAUCUUGAUGGCCAAAAAUUUAUCUCAACUUAUGAUUAUCAGCGAUUCAUUUACACACUUGGUGCUUUACAGAAUCAAUCGAUCAGAAUUACAGGUUUUAGUACAAGAAGUUUUUGACUUUAUGAAAAACAGUAAACAGAAUGAAAAAUAUAUCAUGCGUAAGCAUUAUAAUCGCUUUCUUGGACACUACACAAUUCUGAUUGUAUUAUAUGUAAUCGCUUCACUGGCAUUUUUUUGUGGUGCAUUUAUCUUAGGGAAAAAAUUUCCUAUGGACGCCAGUUACCCAUUCUCAACAGAUUCUAUAUUAGUAUCCAGCAUAAUUUUUACUCAUCAAACAUUUAGUAUUGUCCAAAACUCUGUUUUGAUAAUGAUAGAUUUACUUGUUAUAACGCUCUUCUGGUAUGCAGGAGCAAGAAUUAAAAUAUUAGGAUAUAAGUUCAAAAUAGUGGAUAGCAACGAGAAGCUGAAAAAUUGUAUUAAAGAACAUCAAAAAAUCAUUCAAUAUGUGGCAUCUAUAGUCAAAGCAGUACGUUUUAUUCUGUACAAAACGAUAUCGAUCGUUGCAAUCAUUAUUAUUUCGGCUGGUCUUCAGCUACUAUAUUAUGAUGCCAAAGUAGUGAUAUCACAAUUUUCCUUAAUUAUAAUCGUCGCUUGCUUUAGAAUAAUCACGUACUCUUCUACGAUUGAAGAAAUGAAUCAACUGAAUGAAGAUUUACGAUGGACAGUCUAUAAAUCAAGUUGGUUCUGUAUCACGUCGGAAAUGAAGCAAUGUUUACAAAUCUUCAUACAUCGCUGUCAAAUACCAUUAGUAACUAUUGACGGUCAACUGCUAAAUAUAAUGUCAUUAGCAUUUUUUGCUAAGUUAAUUUACAGUACCGUUUCACAUCUUACAACUCUUAGAGCAAUAAUUGAACGAUCAUAA